AGCUCCCGUCUCCUGUCUCUGGACUGCAGGGAAGCGACGCUGAAACACAGCUGGAUGAUAGCAGAGCAUUAAUCCAUAGAUUAACCUCCAACUCACACCGACAUCGCGCAGCAUCUUCUCCAUCCCCCCCUGUUCUUCACCUCGAUGGUCGAGUUGCCUUGCUCUCCGGCCUGACUGUGGAGUCCGACCGCGUUUAACUGCAUUGCCUCUGCGUCUUCAGCCUGUUUCCCCCUCCUUCUCUUCCUGUUACUGGCAACCACAGCGCUGUGAAAGUGCUUUUUUGGGGGGGAGGGGGGAGUGGAUCGACCCGCUCGAAGUUCUUUUGAUCUGUCCACUUCUGUCUGGUGCGCGCAAACAUCGCUGCUCGGCUCCCCUGAUUAUGUUAUGGUGUUGGAUUUCUCUCCAAGCCCGGGAGUGGAGGUUACUUUAGGAUGCAGAAGUUGAGUAGUUUCACUUCCGUCGGUGCAUGCUCUGAUAUGAGAUAGGCGACCUGCAUCUGCAACAUUGGCUGUAAUCCUCACAUCAGAGUGGCUGAGACGCAUUCCUCUUUUUUUUCUGCUUGUGGACAACAGCCAAAGAACAAGAUGAGGUGCCUCUAUGACUUUUUAAAUUGCACCUAAGAGAGAGAAACAGAGAGUAGGUCUUUCAUCCUGCUACUGCUGCAGGAAGCGACGUUUCCUUUCUCCAGCUGCCCAAACGAGUUGGGAUCCUGCAUCUUGAUAGGAGACCAGGAACUCUGGUCUCUGGGUCUUCUGUCUCUUUAUAUUUAACACACAAAAUCACGAUUGAAAAAUGAAGAAGUUUCGGAAGGUGUUGGACGGCUUGACCACCUCCUCUCCGGGAGGGACUAUCGGAUCCCCAUCGUGCGGCAGCGCGGCCGGGACUCCCACAUCGGCGCCAACUCCCAAGGAAAUCGACAUCCAAGAGACGCUUGUGUCGGAAAACUUUCAGCUGUGCAAGACGGUGCGCCAUGGUUUCCCUUACCAACCCACUGCUUUGGCCUUUGACCCUGUGCAGAAGAUCCUGGCAGUUGGCUCCAGGACAGGCGGCGUACGGAUACUGGGACGACCCGGGGUAGACUGCUUCUGUCAGCAUGAGAGUGGAUCAGCUGUUCUUCAACUGCAGUUCCUCAUCAAUGAGGGGGCGCUGGUCACAGCCUGUGCAGAUGACACGCUUCACUUGUGGAAUCUUCGUCAGAGACGACCGGCUGUCCUCCAUUCACUCAAAUUCAACAGAGAGAGGAUCACGUUUUGCCACCUUCCCUUUCAGAGUAAAUGGCUGUAUGUGGGGACAGAGCGUGGAAACACACACAUCGUCAACAUCGAGUCCUUCAUUUUGUCUGGAUACGUCAUCAUGUGGAACAAGGCCAUAGAACUAUCAACUAAAACUCAUCCGGGACCUGUGGUUCAUUUGAGUGACUGCCCAAAGGAUGAAGGCAAGCUGCUUAUAGGGUUCGAGAGUGGGACAAUCGUACAGUGGGACCUCCGGGGCAAGAAGGCCGACUUCAGAAUCUACUACGAUGAGGCCAUCCAUUCAGUCAGCUGGCAUCAUGAGGGGAAGCAGUUCAUGUGCAGUCACUCAGAUGGCAGCCUGUCGAUGUGGAACCUCAGAAACACCACCAGGCCAUUCCAAGUCACCUUCCCUCAUGGAAAGAUACAAAAGGAUGGAAGAAAGGAGUCCUGUAAACCCAUACUCAAAGUGGAAUACAAGACCUCGAGGAGCAGCGAGCCUUUUGUUAUCUUCUCUGGAGGUCUUUCAUAUGACAAGGCAGGGCGGCGGCCAACGUUAACAAUCAUGCACGGCAAGGCCAUCACUGUGCUGGAGAUGGACUAUCCUAUUGUAGAGUUCAUGGCGCUCUGCGAGACUCCUUACAACAACGAGGUCCAGGAGCCUUACGCAGUGGUGGUGCUUUUGGAGAAGGACUUAAUCGUGGUGGAUCUGACACAGAGCAACUUCCCUGUCUUUGAGAAUCCUUACCCCAUGGACAUCCAUGAGUCUCCAGUUACCUGCACAGCCUAUUUUGCAGACUGUCCACCUGACAUUAUCCCCAUCCUCUACUCUAUAGGAGCUAAACAUAAGAAGACUGGCUACAGUCAAAAGGAGUGGCCAGUCAGUGGAGGAACAUGGACGUUAGGCUCCCACACCUACCCAGAGAUCAUCAUCACAGGACAUGCUGAUGGAUCAAUUAAGUUCUGGGAUGCAUCUGCAAUCACACUACAGAUGUUAUACAAGAUGAAGACCUCUAAAGCGUUUGAGAAGCCAAAGGCAGGUGAGGGCAGGGCAGCCGAGUUGGUGGAGGAAGACCCCUUUGCUGUUCAAAUGGUCAGCUGGUGCCCCCAGAGUCGCAUCUUCUGUGUGGUUGGCAUUUCAGCCCACAUCAUCCUGUAUCGCUUCAGCAAAUAUGACGCCAACACUCAGAUAGUGUCACUAGAGGUGCGCCUACAGUGUGAGACAGAAGAUGUCAUCUCUCCCUCCGAGAAUGAAAACAAUCCCUGCUUCUCAGAGUCUGGCUCCCAUUCACCCCAACCCCACCACCAACACCCAGCAAGCCCCGGCAGUGGGACAUCUGAGGGUAGCAAAGACAGCAGCCCCUGCCUUAAGGUGAAGGACCGGAUGGUUCGGGUCCCUCCUGGCUACCAGGCAGAGCUGGUCAUUCAGCUGCUGUGGGUAGAUGGAGAACCUCCACAACAGAUCACCAGCCUGGACAUUAAUUCUGCCUACGGCCUUUUGGCGUUUGGGAACUGUAAUGGCCUAGCGGUGGUGGACUACUUGCAGAAAACCAUCCUGUUGUGUAUGUCGACACUGGAUCUGUAUGGAGCUGCCGACCCCUACCAGCGCCUUACCCGCUCCCCCCGCAGGAACAGACAGUCCACCUCAGAGUUUUGCAUGCGUGGCCUGUCUAACUUUUAUUCAGAUUCAAAGAAAAGGAUCCGUACAUCCUAUCAGAGCCUUACUGAACUUUCUGACAACCAGCAGACCAUUGACAUGGAGAGAAGCAAGUCGCCCACCUCAGUUCAUUACCCAACCUCCCUUCACAAUGACCCGCGCGUCCUGCCAGAGCCUGUGGCCAGUCUGAGAGCCAGCCACUGCAGUCCAGUCUUUUACUUGCUGGACAAUGUAAAGGGACCCGGCAGAAAGUUAAGUCUGCCAACAGAUCUUAAGACUGAUCUUGAUCAUGUCAAUGGACAUUGCACUAGCCCCACCUCCCAGCCCUGUUCGGCAGGGAAGCCUCGCGUCCCGAUGGGUCCCGAGGGGCCACGGCUUACCCGCAGAGGCCCUGGCCGACCGCCCUUCCGCAAGGCCCAGUCUGCUGCUUGCAUGGAGAUCUCUUUGCCUGUGUCCCACACUGAAGGUUAUGCGUCCAGGAGGGCAAUGCUUCAGCAGUUACAUGGAGUCACUAUGUACUCCCACGACGAGCACCACACCACCGCCCCCUACUGCUGGAGUGAGAGAGAGAGUCGUGAAAACUCCUUCAGCCGUUCACGUAGUUCCAGUGUGUCCAGCAUCGAUCGGGACACCAAGGAAGCUAUCACCACGCUGCAGUUUGGAGAGUCCUACGGGCGCAAGAGUGACGUCUUGCCCACUCCGUGUCUGUGGGUGGGCACCAGCUUAGGUGUGGUUCUGCUCAUCCCAAUGUCCAUUCCCAUCGACCAUGAGGAGAGGAUGGAGGAACCUGUGACCAUUGGCCCCAGCAGUAAGUCCCAGUGAGACAGGGUUUCAUCACAAAGGUGUUAUGAAGCUCAUAGAGGCUCUUAGUCACCUUAACCAUAAUUGUACACACGAUGUCCUGCACAAACAGAGAUUAUUACCAACAUUUCUUGUGCACUCACUGAAACAAUAAGCCGCUAGAGACUGUGGUUUACAGUGGUUUUAAACAUCUGAGGGAUGGUGUCGUGCCUAGCAUCAUUGGGACCAUAGAGCAAGUGUGCUAACAAC